AUGGCUGGUCUGAAAGAUGAAGAAUACAGAACGAAUUUCCGCCAACAUGUGUCUAUUCAUGUUGGAGUACGGACCAGGAAGAAGCUUAGCGAUGCGGAUUCCUUCACAAAGUGCAUCCAGGACGCUGCAAAUAAAACGCUCCCGGUUCUAUUGCCGAGGAAGAACGCUGGUGACUUCAACCAGGAAGAGCGUCUUAGAAGGAAGUUGCGUCGUCAACUGCAACAAGACCGCGAUAACGAGCGGACGUCAAGAACGAUGGAGUUUGAGAAAGCGUGGGAGGACAGGAACCCACGGAAAGCCUAUGCUCUACUAAAACACCGGCAAGCACCAUCACCUCCCGAACUCGAGCACGUUCAUAGGCUGACAUAUGCGGUCAACGAGAAGCCAUCGACCAAGUCGGAGGUUCUAGUCUGUAUUCAAAAAAUGAAGAUUGGAAAAUCUGGUGGAGAUGACGGGAUUAGCGCAGAAAUGCUGGAAUAUCUUCCUCCGUCUGGGAUUCGUGAGAUGAAAAAGAUCAUCCGUUCAAUAUGGAUAAACGAAAGGAUAUCUGAUUCGUGGAGACACGCUAUCACAAUUCCCCUCCACAAGAAGUUAUCCGUCACGGACCCUAGGCAUUAUCGAGGAAUCUCUUUGCUGCAUUUUAUGUACAAGGCUGACCAGGUGUUCAUCGUCAGGAGAGUGAUCGAAACCUGGCAGCGGUAUUCGAAGCCAAUGCAACUAGCGUUUCUGGAUUUUGAAGCCGCGUUCGACUCUCCUCACCGAGGCCGUCUUCUCAAUGCGCUCCGCACCGAUGGAGUACCAGGAAAGUUUGUUCGCUUGCUUGAUGACAUAAAUCAGCGAAAAACUGCUGCAGUUCGGACACCAGCCGGAUGUACAACACCAUUUGAAGUGGUAACUGGAGUAAGACAAGGGGCAGUGGCAGGAGCCUUCCUGUCCAAUUUCGCCAUCUACGACAUUAUGCGAAGAACAGCUGACGAUGUUGUUAUCUUUGCGAAAAGCAGUACGAAACUUCAACAUGUUGUUAACUUUGUAUCGAAGCUGGCUGCAGCCUAUGGACUACGUCUACGCCCUGAUAAAUCCAAGCAGAUGUGGAUCUCUUCGAGACCUCGAGCGGAAGUCAGGGUGGACGGACAACCGAUAGAACUCGUCGAUGAGUUCUGUUACCUGGGCUGUACGCUGAAGAACGAUGGCAGCCACGAGAGAGAUGUUCAGCAAAGAUACGCUAACGCCACUUCUGCGUUUAACACCUUAACGAAAUGUCUGUGGUCGACCCACAUCACCAACGAAGUUAAGCUGCGAGUCUACCUAUCCGCAAUUCGCCCCAUCAUGAUGUAUGGAUCGGAGACGGCAGCUCCAUCUACAGGGAUGGAGAGGCUUGAUUGCAAGAAACGAAAGCUGCUUAGACGACUACUUGGCUACUUUUGGCCUAGGGUAUGCCACAGUGAAGAUUUUUGCGCAGAAAUUGAUGUAGUUUACCGGCGGAUGACACUUAGAAGAUAUGAACAUCUUGCACUGCCAUCGAAAUUGGCUAGAGUAGAUAGUCUUCACUUCUUUGGUCAUAUAUUAAGGAGACCAGCAGAUCGCCCCGCUCGACGAGUUCUAAGAAGUCCGUCGGGUUUAAGCAGGAAGAGGCCAGCCGGCCGAGAACGGAAGUUCUGGACUGAGGUGGUGAAAGAGGACCUGAGGAUACUCCUCGUGGAUAGGCAGUUCAGGCGAGACGCAAGAGUUCGCAGGAUAUGA